AUGGCGGAAGACGCCUCAAGAACCCUAACUAAACGCUACCAGCUCUCCCGCGGCACCAACAAACGGAAGAGCAAGAACGGCGGCGGAGAAGCUGCGGCCGACCACGACGACGACGACGACGAAGACGAGGAAUGCGAUCCUCAGGCAUGGGAGACAUUGAGCAGGAGCUUCAAGGAUGCACAAUCGGUGCUGGAUCAGAACAGAGCUCUGAUUAAUCAGGUGAAUGAUAAUCACCGGUCCAAGGUUCCUGAUAAUCUGGUCCAGAACGUUGCCCUAAUUCGCGAGAUUAAUGGUAAUAUUUCUAAAGUCAUGGGGAUUUAUUCUGAUCUCGCCGUGAAUUUCUCCGGCAUCGUUCAGGACCGGCGAUCUGCUAGCAUAAGCGCGAAAAACGGAGGCGCUAGCACCAGCACUAGCAACAGUUAG